AUGGUCCUCACCCACACCCAGAAUCACACCUAUGCUCACCCCUUCCCAACCGUCACCCUCGCCUACUUCCUUCGAUACUGCUCUCCGCAAAUCAACCCCUUUGCUGCCCACGUUCUCAGCACCGAUACCAUCUCCAGCCACAUUGACCCGGCCACGGGUCGGCUGCACACCACCCGCAUCCACUUGAAAAAGUCCCGUAUCCCCUCCGCAAUCGUCAAGCUACUUCCUGCUUCUAUCACUGGAGGAGGCGGGGACAAGAAGUCAUAUAUUCUUGAGACGAGCGUUGUCGACAUCAAGGAUGGAUGGAUGAAGACUGAAAGCCGCAACCUGGACUUCGUGGGCGUGCUGUCCGUGGUGGAGAAGCAGGAGUACACGGCGCCCACUCUACCGGCGGCCAAUACUACCAGCACUGAUGUCGCCACAACGACCAUUUUCCGGUCGAGAGUGGGCGAACGAAUCCGGGAACGUAUUGGACAAAAGUCCGAGGAGGCCAGCGCUCAAGGAGGCUGGCUGGCCAAGACGAUCAUCCAACGCAGCAUCGAGAACAUUGCGAGCCGGAAGACACAGGAUCAACUAGGCAAGAGUCGCGAGGGUAUGCGAGUUGUCUUGGAGCGCCUUCGCAACAACGGAGUUAAAGGCAUCAUGGACCUGACCCGCAGAACGAGGGAAGAAGGCCUGUAA